AGGUGGUCUUACGUAUCCCUCUCGCCCUUAUUGUCUCUCUCCUCUUCCUCCUCUCUAAUAAUCCUCUUUUACUUUCAAAACAAACCCUAAUUUUUCUUUCAUAUUUCAGAAAUAAAUCCAAAUAAAAAAAAUAACAUGCGUAUUUGUUGAUGCUAUUGAAAUCUGAAGAAACCCAAAAAGAGAGUGCCUAGUGCCUUUGAUUUUUUAUAUCUCAAUCAUCAUGGCAAACGGUACGGAUGCCAAGGAUGCGGCAGUGGCAAAGGUCCGACCAGGUCACAAACGAGAGUUUGAGUUUGCUUUCAGGGCCCAUUCUGAGAUCUGUGGGUCUCUGGGCCGAACCCGGUCCUCUCGGGUCUCCUCUUCUCCAGGCAACAAUGGAAGUAACGGUAACAACAGUAAGAAGUUGAAGUCUUCUGGCAGGAAAAAAGGUGGUCUGUUAGAAAAGGGCGAGGGGGUUGCUGUUAUUGAUUUGGAGGAGGCAAGGGUUGAAUCCUUGGCUCCCUUAUUUAACAACAAUGGUGAUGGGGAGAUUGUGGAAGUGAAGGAAUUUGAAGAAGCAAAGGAAAAGGAAGUUGAAUGUGAAGAAAAGAAUAAUGAGCUGGUGCCGGUUUUGAUGGAUGGGGUCAUGGCAGAAAGUGGGGUUAUAGAAAACAAGGGUGGUGGUGAAGUAAAGGAGGGUGAUAAGGUUCAUGCAUGUGAGGAAGGGUCUAGUGGGUUAGUUUUGAUUGAUGAAGAUUCAAAGGCGACGGUGAAUAGGUUCUUAGAGAGCAAGAGUGGUUGUGAAUUGAAGAAGGAUGAUGCGUGCGAGGAAGGGACUAGUGGGUUGUCCUCGGUUUCGGUUAAAAAUGACGAGGGAGGAUAUGUUAAUGCGUCAUUCCAGCCAGUUGUAGUUAAUGAUGAUAGUAAAUGUGAGGUGGAAGAAGAAAAACCUUUUAGGAGGUUUACCAGGUCAGCAUUGAAGCCGAAGAUAGAGCCUUUGGAUAUAUCCUCCUCUGACGGGGUUAAAGUUGAUGACACAGGCAGUUCAUCUGUUGCUGCUAUUACGACCACACCUACGAAGAUGUUUGCCAUUGAUGGAUUGAAGAAGUUCCCAACAAAGUUGAAGGAUCUUCUUGAUUCAGGCAUACUCGAGGGACAAAAGGUGAAGUAUUUGCGAGGUCCCAAGGUAAGAGGUCCUGGAGAGAAGGGGUUGCAUGGGGUGGUCAAGGAAUCGGGAAUUUUGUGUUUCUGCGAUGAUUGCAAAGGAAAGGAAGUUGUUACUCCUACUAUUUUUGAGCUGCAUGCGGGCAGUGCAAAUAAACGUCCACCAGAGUAUAUUUUCCUGGAGAAUGGAAAUACACUCCGAGAUGUAAUGAAUGCAUGCAAGAAUUCUUCGUUGGAUAUAUUGGAUGAAGCUAUUCGGCUUUCUAUUGGCUUUACACCUUCCAAGAAAUCUAAUUUCUGUCUGAGCUGCAGAGGGUCAAUUACAGGGCCUGGCAUCAGGAAAUCAAAGGUAUUGUGCAGUCAGUGCUUGGAAUUGAAAGAUUCACAAUCUAUCUUAGCACCAGAAACAGAUACAAAAGAAAGAACACCAAGACCACCUCCAGAGUCAUCUAGCGCUUUGUUGAAGUCUAGCCCAUCACGGAGCAAUAGUCAAGGGAGACUUACAAAAAAAGAUAUUCGAAUGCAUAAGCUAGUUUUUGAAGAAGAGGUCUUGCCAGAUGGAACUGAAGUUGGAUAUUACUCUCAAGGAAAGAAAUUGCUGGUAGGCUACAAGAAGGGAUUUGGGAUUUUCUGUUCAUGCUGCAAUUCUGAGGUUAGCCCUUCUCAAUUUGAAGCUCAUGCUGGUUGGGCAUCACGUCGAAAACCUUACCUACACAUUUACACAUCCAAUGGCGUGUCUCUUCAUGAAUUAGCAAUAUCUCUAUCAAAAUGUCGGAGGCACUCUACCAAGGAGAAUGAUGACCUGUGCCAGAUCUGUAGAGAUGGUGGGAAACUAUUGUGUUGUGAUGUAUGCCCAAGAGCUUUUCACCAAGAAUGUCUCUCUCUACCUUCAAUUCCUAAGGGUAAAUGGUACUGCAAAUAUUGCCUGAAUACUUUUGAGAAAGAAAAAUUUGUGGAGCGGAAUGCCAAUGCAAUAGCGGCAGGAAGGGUUGCAGGAACUGAUCCAAUAGAACAAAUAACCAGGCGAUGCAUUCGUAUUGUCAAAACUUUUGAGGCUGAAGUUGGUGGAUGUGUUUUCUGCAGAGGUCAUGAUUUUGAAAGAACUUUUGGUCCUCGCACUGUGAUUAUCUGUGAUCAGUGUGAGAAGGAGUUCCAUGUUGGCUGUUUAAAGGAACAUCAGAUGCAAGAUCUGAAGGAGUUGCCAACAGGAAAGUGGUUCUGUUGCACUGGAUGUGAAAGAAUUCAUUCUGCGUUGCAGAAAUUGGUUAACCGUGGGGAAGAGAAGCUUCCUGAUUCUUCCCUGAAUUUUAUAAAGAAGAAGCACGAGGAAAGUGCCUCGAGUGAUGGUGGUGAUGAUAUAAGAUGGAGGCUUCUUAGUAAGAAAACAGAUCCUUCUGAUGUUACUGAAUCCCUACUGUCUGAGGCUGUUGCCAUUUUCCAUGAGCGCUUUGCUCCAAUAACUGUGGAUAAGUCCAAACGUAAACGUGAUGACCAUGACUUCAUUCCGUCCAUGGUUAAAGGCGGGGACAUGAAAGGGCAGGAUCUAGGUGGCAUGUACUGUGCUGUAUUGCUGGUUAACCAUGAGGUAGUGUCAGCGGCAGUCAUGAGAAUUUUUGGCCAGGAACUGGCUGAGCUGCCUAUAGUUGCAACAAGUAGCAAAUCGCAAGGACAGGGUUAUUUUCAGACAUUGUUUACUUGUAUUGAAAAGCUACUUGGGUUUCUCAAUGUGAAGAAUCUUGUACUUCCUGCAGCUGAAGAAGUUGAAUCUAUUUGGACAAACAAAUUUGGGUUUAGCACGAUAACUCAAGAUGAGCUGAUGGAAUACAGGAAAAGUUAUCAGAUAAUGGAGUUUCAAGGGUCGCUAAUGCUGCAAAAGCCGGUUCCCAAGUGCCGAGUUGUCGGUAAAUCAGAAGGCGGCUGAAUGUCAGGGUGCUUUUAGUUGAUGACAACAAUUUUUUUGACGGCCUUUCCCUUCUGUACAGGAUAUCUUUAUUAGGCAUCUGUGUACAGUAAAAAAUAACUUAAGAUAUUCUCAUAGUUGGAGCAGCUCACAGGCUGUUAUAAUUCUUUUUGUAGAAUUAAACAGGAAGGAAAAAAAAAGGGGGGGAUUUUAGAAAGUUGAUUAGAUAUACAGAAUUAGGGAGCAGCUUGCGUGUGUCCAAAAUUUUGAAGUAUCUAAAAAUUGAUUUCAGAAGCUGAAGCUGCUUUUGUUGCUUUCAAAUAA